GACAGAUCACUCAGAGGAUCGCGAGGAGAGAGAGACAAGAUGUCCAGCAUGCAGGUUUGCCACUGCGGAUGGUCCAAAGUCACCACCUACCAUGGUCUGAGGACUCACCAGGGGAAGAUGGGAUGCACACAGAGGGGAAUGAGUAUCCCUGAGAGGGAACAAAUCAGAUUUCCAAAUUACAUUACAUCUUCCAACAUUGGAUCCAAUAGCUGGAUUACUCCAGUCCGGAAGGAGAUAACCAACACAUCAGACAAGAGCAUGCAGAUGUGCUACUGCGGAUGGUCCAACUGUACAACCUACCAGGGUCUGAGGACUCACCAGGGGAUGAUGGGAUGCACACCGAAGGGAAUGGAAAUCCCUGAGAGUGAACAAUUUAGAUUUACAGGUUACAAGUAUAAAAAUGCUGACAGUGGACCUUCAAUCAAAAUAGACAAAACGUUGACUCCCCCCCACCACAGCAAAACUCAUCAAAACACCAACAAUGUUCGUAGAGCGCUCGAUUUCGGUGCACAGCAGGUGGGGCAGUUGUACUGGGAACUUCCAACAACUUCAAUUGCCUUCCAAUUAAAGGAGAGAGAGAGAGAGAGGGAGAGGGAAAAGGAGAUGGAGAAAGAGAGGGAGGCUCAAAAACUACAAAAGAUGAGGCAAGACAUGAUAAGGGCUGAUUUACAGCAGACAAUUCAGACAAGAGAACAGAAGAUUUCUGAAGUCACAUCAUCUGUAAAAGCCUGCAUGGGCGGCUUGGAUGCCGAAUGUCUGGAGAUCAACAGCGUUUUCUCAGAAGUGAUGAGAGUUGUGGAGGACUCUCGGCAGGAGGCCCUUCAACCUCUUGAGGAGAGGAGACAGAGAGUGAGUAGAGAAGGAAAAGAUCAGGUCAAGAAGUUGCAGAAUGAAAUUGACAAAAUCAGGAAGACCAUUGAUGAGUUGGACAAAAAUGCCGACUUGCAGGGUCUUCCUAAAACAGGCCUGGAUGAAUCUCGAGAUUGGAAAAAUGUCACUGUUGACACUUCAUUCUCCUUUGGGUCACUGAGAGCUACCAUAUCGAGCAUGAUGGAACAAAUUCACCAGGAACUGGAAAAACUCUCUUCUGUUGAACUCAAGAGGAUUCCCAGAUAUGCAGUGGAUGUAAAGCUGGACCCAACCACAGCCCACCAGUGCCUUGUGCUUUCCCCCGAUGGAAAGACAGUUAGAGAUGGAGGAAAUGACCAAAAAGUACCCGAUGCUCCGCAGAGGUUCGACGUGUUGGGCAGCAUCCUGGGGCUCAACAGGUUGACUUCUGGGAAGUCAUACUGGGAGGUGGAGGUCACUAACAAGUCGGGGUGGGACCUGGGUGUGGCACGACGCAAUGCAAAUCGCAAGGGGAAACUCUCGGUGAACUCGGAGAACGGUUACUGGGUAGUCGUGCAUUACGAAGACAAAAAGUACGCAGCCCUGACAGUACCACCAGUCAGCCUCCCCCUGAAAGAGAAACCUGAAAAGGUUGGAGUGUUUGUGGAUUACGAGGAACGUCUCGUGUCCUUCUACAAUGUGAUGGCUCAAUCUCACAUCUACACGUUUACCGAGUGCAUGUUCAGCGAUCUGAUUCUUCCAUAUUUCAGUCCACAUCCUAAACAAAAUGAGAAAAACUCCUAUCCUCUGAUUAUCUCUCCUGUGAAGAAGCAGUUGUAGUUAUAUGAAGCGAAUAGUUAUCGGUGCACUAAAAGUUAAAGGGGACCUAUCAUGCAAAGUUAACUUUUUUAUGUAUUUUAUACAUAAAUAUGUGUAAAGUUCGCAAAUAUUUUAAAAACGGUGGUACAACGAGCGGAUACAGAUUCGCUGCUGAUAUGACGUCAAAUCGGCGGCGG